GGCCCAAAUACGAGUACCAUUGGGCGGAUGGUCAGACGGUGAAGAAGCCAAUCAAAUGCUCUGCGCCCAAGUACAUUGAUUAUCUGAUGACUUGGGUCCAGGACCAAUUGGAUGACGAGGCAUUGUUUCCCAGCAAAAUAGGUGUGCCAUUUCCAAAGAAUUUUCUCCAGAUUGCCAAGACCAUUCUUAAAAGGCUCUUCAGAGUCUACGCACAUAUUUACCAUCAACAUUUUGGCGAAGUGGUGUCCUUGGGCGAGGAGGCCCAUCUCAACACAUCUUUCAAGCAUUUCAUUUACUUUGUCCAAGAAUUCGAGCUCAUCGAGAAGAAGGAAUUGGCCCCUUUACAAGAAUUGAUUGACCGACUGACCUCAAUCAACACCGCUCUCCCCAACUCAAAAGCCAUGGAACCGAAAAGUUUGGACGGACCGCAAAAAUUUGAAUCCUAAUGCAAGCAGACCCCUGGUUGGUCCAUCACCUAUUCAUACCCAAAUGUCAUGAUCAUUUCCUACCGUGACGACGAGCUAGGUUCAGCCUCCCUUUCUGUACGCAAAAACACAAGUAUUCUUCCUUCUCAAAGGCCGCCUUAUCCAACAACAACAACAACUACUACUACUACCGUCUCUCCACGCAGCUAUUCUCAAACAAAUUGGUUAUUUCCGCACUUAACGAUGUGAAUCUCUGCGAAAAAAAAACCGCGCGAAUUACAUACCAAACAACAAUGA